AGCAGUGGGUGCAACUGAAUGUUCAUUCGCGACGCUGAUCCGCAUAAUUUAUAAUCAAACAAACAAACAAACAAACAAAGAAACGGGCUCCACUUUUGUCUUGUUGUGAAAGCGACAGAAGCUGAGGAAGACAUGACCGACUCAUCCAGUUUAUCAAGCUCUAGUUUCUACCUCCUCUUCAUCAGAUGCUCAGCUCAAACAGAAUGUUCAGAGCGAGGCCAGCUGUGUCCAGGACCCCUCAGGUGUUAUUUAGAGGAGCGAGUGUUACCUGUGCUGCUGGCCGGACUGGAGGCUUUGCUCGCAGAAGCACAGAAACACCAGUGCUUUCAGAGGAAAAAGACGGCAUUUAAUGGCUGUGACUUCCUGACUGAAUGGCUAUACAAUAAAAACCCUCAAUGGACAGAACGAACACCUACGAAUUUUCACAAUAUUCCUUUUGUCCAGGACUGGUUUCUAAAACACCCCAGGAAGCACCUUCCGGUUUCUCUACUUUUAACAGACGAGCAAGCUGCAGUUUUGAUCCAGGCAUUCUGGAGGGGAUAUAAGGUGCGUGUGCGUACAGAUGUGCAAGAGUUGAGGCAGUGGCAGAGAGAACUGCGGGAAGAGAACUGUGACAUCAACAAAACGGUUCAAGACUUCUGGACACGCCAGGAGAACAGAGUGUGGUCAGAGCUGGUUGAGCUGGAUGAGGUGGAGGCCGGUGUGUGUGUGUCCAUCGAGGUGGUUCCUCCUACACCACAGAGCAGAGUCCCGUCGACACCGGCACCGGCUCCGGCUCCUCCGAGAGCAGAUCUGCUCACUCCGGCUGAGGGACGCAGAGAACAUUAG